AUGUGUCAUGUCAUUGUAACUUGUCGCUCAAUGCUGUGGACACUCCUGAGUAUUGUCGUGGCUUUUGCCGAGCUCAUAGCUUUCAUGAGUGCAGAUUGGCUAAUUGGCAAAGCCAAGCCUGUGAGCUCCGAAGAUCUGGACAACAGGACAGGAGGCUCACAGGAGCCUUACCAUCCAACUUUGGGCAUCUAUGGGCGUUGCACCAGAAUCUCCCACAUGCAGGUUUCCAGACGAGACACGCUUUGUGGGCCCUAUGCAGAGAACUUCAAUGAGAUUGCCAGUGGGUUCUGGCAAGCUACUGCUAUUUUCCUAGCUGUGGGGAUCAUGAUUCUCUGUGCUGUGGCAUUUGUCUCUGUCUUUACUAUGUGUGUGCAGAGUGUAAUGAAGAAAAGUAUUUUUAAUGUCUGUGGGCUGCUACAAGGGAUUGCAGGCCUCUUCCUUAUCUUAGGCUUGAUGCUGUACCCUGCAGGCUGGGGCUGCCAGAAGGCAAUAAGCUAUUGUGGACAUUAUGCUUCUGCUUAUAAACUAGGAGACUGCUCAUUGGGCUGGGCCUUCUACACAGCUAUCGGUGGCACUGGUCUGACAUUCAUCUGUGCCAUCUUCUCAGCGCAAGCAGAAAUUGCCACAUCUAGUGACAAAGUGCAAGAAGAAAUUGAAGAGGGGAAAAACCUUAUCUGCCUCCUUUAA